AAGCGGGGCGACAACCGCAAAAACACUCCACCAGGCCAGUCAUUGUGAAUUUACGUAUGCGCCAUGGCUUCUCCAGCUGUUGAAUCUCACAGCACGUCGGAUCCGCAGAGUCCAUCAACUGCGGCAGAACUGUCCGAAGCUCUCAAGGUCGAGGUGUAUGAUCGCGAGGGCAAAACUCACAUCUUGGGCGACCUGGUCAAAGGACAGAAGAGUGUGUUGAUAUUCACGCGGCAUUUCUGGUGUUUGAACUGUCAAGCUUAUAUCCGGUGCAUCAGCGAGUCUAUUCCGCCGUCGAACUUACCGCCCUCAACACAGAUUUUGAUGAUAGGAUGUGGGUCCUACCAACCCAUCGACAUGUACGCGGCAAAGUCGGCGUCUGCAUACCCCAUUUACACGGAUCCUUCGCUGCGCCUACACGGCCUCUUUCGCUUCAAGUACAACUUGGCGGAAGGGAAGAGCGGUGAUGAGCAAAGAGACUAUAUGCGGAAUGCAGGCAGUGCCCUGGCAAGGAUACUGGGCGGUAUCAAGGGCGCACUGGGCAGUAUACAGCACGUGACUCAAGUUGGGCCCAAGGCUCUGAAUGGUGGAGAGGUGGUGAUAUCUGCUGACGGUGAAUGCGAGUACAUCUAUCGCAUGCAGAAUACGGUAGAUCACACCAACGUGUCUGAGCUGGCACGUCUGAUUGGUGUCGAAAGCAAGCCACUCGACACGGACGACAAGGCGAACCAAGCCUGUAGUGAUUCCUGCGCGCCUGGCGCAAAGUAACUUGUCGCUACCAAUGUCUGCUCAGACACACGGCUUUCUUCGUCUUCCCUGACCAGAUUCCAACGCGUCGCUGAUAACAAGUCAAUAUUGCCAUUUUGGUUUUCCCUCUACACUGAGCACUAGCUGCACUGAGUAUGGCGAAAAUACCUCUCCAACCUUAACUUAAUAUCAAGCUCCUACCA